CCGAUAGUCACCGGUGAGCUGCUCGCUUGAGGACCUCUCUCCAGCGUCCCCUGACAGCAGUGCAGCGUGAUCCUUCAGCCCAGCCGGGAGCCCACCAUGUUCCUGAAGGCUGUGCUGCUGCCCCUGGCCCUGGUGGCUGUCACCGGGGCCCGGGCAGAGGUCAGCCCGGACCAGGUGGCCACUGUGAUGUGGGACUACUUCAGCAAGCUAAGCAGCGAUGCCAAGGAGGCUGUGGAGCAGCUGCAGAAGUCAGAACUCAGCCAGCAGAUCAGCACCCUCUUCCAGAACAAUCUUGGGGAUGUGAGCACCUACGCAGAUGACCUACAGAAGAAGCUGGUGCCCUUCGCCACGAAGCUGCAGACACGCCUGGUCAAGGACUCGGAGAAGCUGAAAGAGGAGUUUCAGAAGGAGCUGGAAGACCUACGUGCCCGCCUGCAGCCCCAUGCCGACAGAGUGAGCGAGAAGAUCGGAGACAACGUGCGUGAGCUACAGCAGCGCUUGGAGCCCUUGGCCAUCCAGCUGCAGACGCAGGUGAACACGCAGGCCGAGGAGCUGCAGCGCCAGCUGGCCCGGUACGUGCAGCAAAUGGAGACGGCGCUGCGUGAGAACGUGGACAACCUGCAGGCCUCGGUCACGCCCUACGCCAACGAGUUCAAGACCAGGAUGGACAAGAACGUGGAGCAGCUCAAGGGACAGCUCAUGCCCCAUGCCAAUGAGCUCAAGGCCAAGAUUGACCAGAGCGUGGAGGAGCUGCGCCACAGCCUGGCUCCGUAUGCCCAGGAUGUCCAGGAGAAGCUCAACCACCAGCUCGAGGGCCUGGCUUUCCAGAUGAAGAAGAACGCCGAGGAGCUCCAGGCCAGGAUCUCGGCGAACGCCGAGCAGUUCCGCCACAAGCUGGCGCCCAUGGUGGACAACGUGCACAGCCAGCUGACGGGAAACGCCGAGGGGCUGCAGAAGUCGCUGGCAGAGCUGAGCAGACACCUGGACCAGCAAGUGGAGGAGUUCCGGCGCAACACCGAGCCCUACCGGCAGAGCUUCAACCAAGCCUUGGUGCAGCAGAUGGAACAAUUCCGGCAGAAGCUGGGCCCCUACACGGGGGACGUGGAAGGCCACUUGAGCUUCCUGGAGAAGGACCUGAGAGACAAGGUCAACUCCUUCUUCAACACCCUGAAGAAAGAGAGCCAGGACCAGUCCCUGGCCCUCCCCCUCCCGGAGCAGGUGCAGGAACAGGUGCAGGAGCAGGUGCAGGAGCACGUGCACCCAGCCACCCUGGAGAGCUGAGCUGCCCCUGGUGUCCUCACACUGCAGGCAACUGUCCUGCCCCGAUACCUGUGCCUGA